ACCCAACUCCCAGCCGAACCCAAGUUUCUUUCAGAAAAUUCUUGAAACAGACCAUCAAAAUGGCCAACUUCGCAGAUGUCGCAAAGCAGUUCACGGAUUUCUAUUACAAUCAAUUCGAUGCGGACAGGAAGCAACUGGCGGCUCUCUACCGUGAAAACUCAAUGUUGACUUUCGAGUCAGCAUCUGUGAUUGGAGCUCCUAGUAUUGUGGAAAAACUCGCGUCUCUUCCAUUCGAGAAAGUUAAGCACGCCGUCGGCACCCUCGAUGCACAACCUGCUCCCCACGACGGUAUUCUUAUCUUGGUGACAGGUGCUUUGCUGGUCGAUGCUGAAGAACGUCCUAUGAACUAUACCCAAACCUUCCAACUUCUCCCUGAUGGCGCCGGAAGCUUCUUCAUCUUCAACGACAUUUUCAAGCUGGUAUACGGAUGAAGCAUGAAGUGGGGCGUAGAUGUGGUUGGUUACAUACGGAGUUGAGGGGGGGAAGCUUUGUUUUGCGAGCAUUAUACCGAUCCUCUACAAAAGAAUGCUGCAAUAAUACACCGACAUCACGAUGGAUUUGCGAGCUUUCGAUUUCAGGCCAUCACCCUAGGUAGCAAAUGCAAGUCUAUCUGACUUC